CGGGUCAGUGCUAGUUUUAAUGUUAACACUUAAGUAGCAAGAAAACAAAACAAAACAUAAUAUAAUAUAAAUAUAUAUAUAUAUUUUCUAAAUUUCCACAAGAAUAUAUUUUAGAGAUUUACUGACAUUAUGCCGCCGAUUCGUCGCAGUGAACGCGUCCCCUUAACCACAGAUAGACGCCUUACAAUUUGCGGACCUGGUUCUAGUUCGGGAUCUACUGGAGGUGCUGGUGGUCUUGGUGGUGGCCGUCCCACAUAUAACGAAGAGAAUAAUGCUGCCGCAACGGAUGACCGGGUACUGGUGUCCGGCCGUUUCCCGGAGAACAUGGGACAUGUGAUGGAGCGCAGACGUACUCACUUGGUGGAUUCUGUGGCCCCCUAUCCACGUACAAAUGCACGUGAGGUGGCCAUACGCCGUUUGGGUCGCGAGUUGGAUGAAUUUCGUAAGGAUCCACCAGAUGGCUGCCGUAUCGAGAUGGUGGACGAUAACAUGUUCCAUUGGCUGGGCACAAUCAUUGGACCGAAGGGCACUCCCUAUGAGAAUGGGCAUUUUCGUCUGGACUGGAGUUUUCCUGUUGACUAUCCAUUUGCCCCACCCAAGGUCGUAUUCCUUACGAAGAUCUAUCAUCCAAAUAUCGAUCAAUUGGGUUCCAUUUGCAUGAAUUUACUAACCGACGAUUGGUCACCCGUAUUGACCACAUCCAAGCUAUUGCUAUCGAUUAUGUCUCUUUUAUCCGAUCCGAAUCCAAAUGAUCCAGUCGAUGAGUAUAUAGCAAAUAUAUUUUUAACCGAUCGCUUGACAUACAACCAGAAUGCCAAGCUAUGGACAUCCCGUUAUGCCAAACAGGAUGCCUAACUGCUGGACUCAUUCCAAACACAAUGGGCGACAGCAAAAAUUUGUUUAUCAACUUGUCAUUGGAAACUGCUGUUAAUACUAUGGGUGACGGGUGGACGAGGACUCAUUUGGACCUCUAUUUAUUCACAUGAAUGCGACGAUACACAGUAUUCUGAAUGCUAUUUGUUACAAGAUUGAUUCAAUGUUAACACUGAAGCUCACGAUUAACACUCAAAUACAGAGUAACAAGCAAAAAACCAA